CUCAAUCCCCUAAUCAUAGAAAGACGAAACUAACUGAGAAGUGUGGAGUUCGUGAUCUAAACUAACUGAUGAGCGUCUCUUCUUCCACCGACCCACACAAAAGUAAUUAAAAAAAAAAGAAAGAAAGGAAGAGAAAGAUCAAACGAUCAAGACAGCCUGAUAAGUAGAGUAACGCGGCAACGCACGGCUGUGUUGGGCUGCGGAUCGCUAUUUCUUCCCAGCCGCUGUGGGUUUACAUUGCUCCAGUGAGAGUUUGUACUGAAGAAGAAGCCUGGUGAAAGGAAAAAACAAAAAAGGAAUGCAUUGCACUCUAUAAAAGAGCUUCAGAGGGAAACGAGCAAUGUUUGGGGUCCUUUCAGCCUCUGCAUUUGUUUCAUCACAUUUAUCUACAGCGUCAAGAUUGGUUGUUAAAAUGUCAGCUGCUGGAACCACCAAACCUCAAAUAUCACUUGACCAUAUAGCUGUGAAGCCUCCUUCUCACCCUACUUAUGAUUUGAAGGGCAUAAUCAAGCUUGCCCUUACUGAAGAUGCUGGAGAUCGAGGGGAUGUGACCUGUAUGGCUACUAUUCCAGCUGAAAUGGAAGUGGAAGCCCAUUUCUUGGCGAAGGAGGAUGGGGUUAUUGCUGGUAUUGCACUGGCAGAGAUGGUAUUCAGUGAGGUUGAUCCUCUGUUAAAGGUAGAGUGGUCAAGAAAAGAUGGCGAUUGUGUUCAGAAAGGACUGCAGUUCGGAAAAGUGCAUGGGCGGGCGCACAACAUUGUUGUAGCUGAGAGAGUUGUUCUUAAUUUUAUGCAAAGGAUGAGUGGAAUAGCUACUCUAACUAAGGCAAUGGCUGACGCUGCAUGCCCUGCAUACAUUUUGGAAACAAGGAAAACAGCUCCAGGUUUACGUGUGGUGGAUAAGUGGGCGGUGUUAAUAGGUGGAGGGCAGAAUCAUAGGAUGGGUUUAUUCGAUAUGGUGAUGAUAAAGGAUAAUCAUAUUUCAACUGCCGGAGGUGUCAAAAAUGCUCUCAGAUCUGUGGACCUGUACUUAGAGGAAAAUAAUCUUUGUAUGCCGGUUGAGGUUGAAACCAGGACGCUUGAGGAAGUACAUGAAGUAUUACAAUAUGCAUCUCAAAAUAAAACGUACCUGACUAGGAUAAUGCUGGAUAAUAUGACUGUUCCACAACCAAAUGGAGAUGUUGACGUGUCAAUGCUUAAAGAUGCCGUGGACCUGAUUAAUGGAAGAUUUGACACUGAGGCAUCUGGAAAUGUUACCCUCGAAACAGUGCAUAAAAUUGGACAAACUGGGGUCACCUACAUCUCAAGCGGUGCACUGACACAUUCUGUAAGGGCACUCGACAUUUCCCUGAAAAUCGAUACAGAGCUCGCGCUUGAGGUGGGAAGGCGCACGAAACGGGCUUGAUCACCAUCUAUUUCAUGCUUUUCCUCUGUAGGAACGGGUGAAACUAAAACACAAACACUCAGACUAAUUCCAAAUCAUAAGUUCUUUGGACUGCUGAAUCCAUGGCCGGAGCGGCGACGACACGGCAAGCUGAAGAAUAUCAAGGGCCAGAAGCUCGGGCAAGCAUGCUUUUUAAGUAUGGUUUUGUAUUUUUGUUGUUUCAUGUCAUCUUGGAAAGGCAUAGCUUUUUUUCCAUAUACAAUAGAAAAAAGCUAGUUACAAUGAACCAGCUUGUUCUGAACAAAGUUGCAAUGUUCCCUAGUUUUAGUAGAGCCUUGUUUGGGACUAGGCCCGCCCGUAUGGUCUUCAUAAUUUUUAGAUACACAGAGGGAUUCUAUCUUAUCUUGUGAUGAAAGAUUAAAGAUUUGACU